UGUAAACACCUCUCUUUCUCUUCUCUCCCUCUUUCUCUCUCUGUGUGAAUCCUCCCUCUUCGAUUCGCGGAUGACCGCACCUGAAGCUCAACCUGAAUUCCCUCUGAUAAUGGACAUGUCGAAGCCCUUAGAGGAGACAGACCUGGCCAGCCUCUAUUAUACAUGCCAAGAAUGGGGUAUCUUCCUGGUAGCCAAUCAUGGCAUACCAAUGGAGGUCCCAGACAAGGUGUACUCCCUCUCUAAGCCCCUAUUUAACUUUCCUUUCCAAGCAAAGAGGAAGAUUGGACCUGGCUCCACUUUCAGAAGCUACACGCCCCCCUUCGUCGUCUCUCCCUUUUUCGAAAGCAUUCGCGUUAAUGGCCCCGACUUUGGUGCCUCUGCUACCAACUGGUCAUCUGCUCUCGUCGGUGAACCUCAACUGGAGUUAUGCGAAGCAUUGGGAGAGUAUGGAGCGAAGCUGCAGGAACUAGCAAAGAGAAUCGUCUCCAUGUUGCUUGCAAGCCUGGGAGAUGGAAUGAAGAAGGCCCACGAAUCUGAAUUUGCUAGAUGUCAUGGGUAUCUCAGGAUCAACAAUUACAUCCCACCCGAUGGUGAUUGUGUGGAAUUUGAAGGGCUUGGAAUGCACACUGACAUGAGCUGCAUCACCAUUGUUUACCAGGAUCAAAUCGGUGGCCUAAAAGCUAGAGCAAAUUCCGGUGAAUGGGUCGACAUAGAGCCACGAGAAGGUGUAUUAGCGGUGAACAUCGGGGACAUGCUUCGAGCUUGGUCCAAUGGGAAACUCAGAGCAUCAGAACAUAAGGUGGUCUUGAAAGCUUCCACAGGUAGGCUGUCCAUGGCUUUCUUCUGGUCCUUUGAGGAUGAGAAGGUCAUUUGGGCACCUGAGGAAAUGGUAGGGAAAGGUUUCCCGAGGGUUUAUAAACCAUUUCUCUGUUUGGAUUACGUAAAAUUCCGAGAGGAAGGUGGUGACUGUGAAGAUUUUGACAGAGUUGGAAUUACUGUCGACGACUUCGCAAGGAUCAGAGAUCAGGAAUAUAGUAAUUCACAGACAGAGAAGAUACAACUGUAG